UUUGUUUAUUAUGUAAAGUGUUUAAAUUUUCAGAAACGAAAUGUCGGAUAGAUUGGCACUUGAGGGGCCAAAGGAGUUACGCGCAUUUACUGUAAAUGGCGCCGUUAUUGUGGAAUCAGAGGAAGAAAGACAAAGGAAGAGAGAAGAGCGAGCAAAGAAAAGAAAGUCAAGAUGGGAUGAUGGAUCAGCAAGGAAGGAGGAAAAACAUGUUGUGAACAGUAUGCCGACUAUUAUAAAUAUCUCUAACGUGGAUAAUAAAGCCCAGCAGAUCUAUAUUCUUCAGUUGCAGAUCAGGGAGGCUACACAGAAGCUAACUAUGCCUACUUUAGGUAUUCCUCCGAAUCCUCGGGAUAGGUCACCUAGUCCAGAACCAAUAUACAACAGCAAGGGUGUGAGAAUGAACACGAGGUUUGAGAGAACGAAAGCUAAACUGACAAAUAUGAGAAAUAACGCAAUCACAAAACUCAAGGCGUUAGAUCCCACCUACCAGCCUCCUGGUCACUACGCUUACAAGAAUACUAAUCUAGAGGAUAAAAUAGAUGUUCCACAGGAGGAGUAUCCCCAGUACAACUUUAUGGGUCUGUUGCUGGGUCCCAGGGGGAACUCCCUGGAGAAGAUCAAGCAGAAGUUCAAUUGUAGAAUAGUUGUCAAGGGUCGGGGAAGUAUCAAGGAUGGGAUGACAGGACUGAAGAAGGACGGAUCUAAAUUUGAUGCAUUAGAUGAACCAAUGCAUGUUUGUAUCAAUGGACAAACUGCUGAGUCUGUUAGAGCUUGUGGAGACCAUAUUAGAGAGCUGAUUAAACUACAGAUUGAGGCCCCAGACGGAGAAAAGAUGGUUGCUCUGAGGGCAUCUCAUAUGCAUGAGUUGGCAUUAUUAAACGGAACACUGAGAGAUGUGGACCUAAAGUGUUUGAACUGUGGGCGUGAAGGACACAAAUCUUGGCAGUGUCCAGAGAGUGAGAAUGUGACCGCUAGUAUAAUCUGUACCCGAUGUGGUGGAGUGGGUCACGUGACGAAGGACUGUAAGCAGCGUAGACCUGGAGAGGUUUGGAACCAGUCUGCUGGAGGAGCCGAGCUAGACGACGAGUAUUCAGCAUUUUUGGACGACCUUGGAAUCGCAAAGAAGAAAGCCAAGGUAUCAGAGGAGGAACGUCCCUAUGUGCCUCCGAUGGGAAACCUCAGUGCCGGAAGCAAACCCGCACCUCGUCUUAUGCUGACGAACGGCAGCUCUGCUCCUGGAGCGGCCAUUGCCGCCGCGCGGAAACAAUCGUCGACGAAUGCAUUCUCCCACUUAGAUCAGAGUCGUGCUUCAAUGUUCGGAGGCCGGCUUGUUCCAUUCAAGCUUGGUCAAGAGAAGGUUGAGGAAAAGAAGCCCAAGGUUCAGGAGAAUUAUGUCCCAACACACUGGAUUGCCGAACACGCAGAUAAAAGACAGGCAAAGCUAGCUGAGAUCGAGAUGGCUAGACUGGAGCACGCUAAGCUCAUGGCUAAAAUACAGAAGAAACAAGAAGAGAAGCGUGUUAUCAAGGUUGAUGGUCCACCCCCUCCUCCUCCAGGAUCAUCCAAAUAAACUCCAGAUCUCAAAUUAUGUGUUCUUUUUUGUACCCUUCCUCUUCUUCCUCCUAUUCUAACCUUCUCCUAUUCUUAUCUUUCCCUCUCUUUUCCUAUUCUUAUUCCCUCUUCCUUCUCCUAUUCCACUUUCCCCUUACUUCUCCUAUUCCACUUUCCCCUUCCUUCUCCUAUUCUUACCUUCUCUUUCCUUCUCCUAAUGUUACAUUCUCUUUACUUUCCUUAUUUAACCCUUUUGAUUAAAAUCUAAAUCUUCAGUUGAAAUAACCUUCGUGUUCGCUUAACCUAACCGUUAUAUCUUCCGUCCAUCCCACUUUUCCACCCAGGUUGCCAGUCAAAUUUACCUUCCUCUUACCUUGUUUUUAGUCUAAAGCCUUCCUCUGAGCAGUCGAAUCACCAAUCCGAAAUCUUUCAAAUUCUAAAAGAUUGUAAUCAAGCCGUAUCUAGGUUUAGGUUGAACCAUCUAGUUCAUGAGCACAUCAUAAGUGUUGAAUUUUGUUAUCAGUCAGCCAUGCAUAAAAUGGCAAGAAAAUUAUCUAGUUUUAAAGUGUAUUAUUGUUUCAGAAAA